ACGGAAGGAGAAGGAGCAGCAGCAGGGCUGCGCACAGAGCCUUAGAAUCGCGCAUUGCCACAGCAGGAGAUUGGGUCCUGGCGAUCCUGCUGUUCUCUGGGUCCCAGAGGCUGCCCAGUCCCGCCCCGACACUCGUCUCUCGGUCUUCAUGGCUUCUCCGGAUGAUCCUCUGCGCUCAGAUCACAUGGCAAAGGAGCCAGUGGAAGACACAGAUCCCAGCACUUUAUCCUUUGGCAUGUCAGACAAGUAUCCCAUUCAAGACACCGGCCUCCCUAAAGCCAAAGAGUGUGAUACAGUCACUUCCAACUCUCCACCGAAUUCUGAUGAUCAACAUCAGGGAGAAGAAAAUGGCUUUCCAGACAGCACUGGAGAUCCCCUUUCAGGUGUCAGGAGAAACCAGCCAUGUAAGGAAGGCUGCUCUUGCUCCUCCUGUUUGCCCCGGGUCCCCACCAUCAGCGACUUGCUCAAUGAUCAGGACUUGCUAGAUGUGAUCAGGAUAAAGCUGGACCCAUGUCACCCAACCGUGAAGAACUGGAGGAAUUUUGCCAGCAAAUGGGGCAUGCCCUAUGACGAACUCUGCUUCCUGGAACAGAGGCCCCAGAGCCCCACACUGGCGUUCUUAUUCCGGAACAGCCAGAGGACUGUGGUCCAGCUGAUGGAGCUCUGCCGACUUUACCACAGGGCUGAUGUGGAGAAGAUCCUGCGCAGGUGGGUGGAUGAGGAGUGGCCCCACCGGGGACACUCGGACCAUUCCAUGCACUUCUAGAAUCCCCUUCUGGCAUUGGCCUUUCUGCUUGCUGGACCAGCACGGAUCACAAGGAGUAUGUACCUGCUCUUAAGAUUUUCAGAUGAGGUUGUGGAAUGGGCAGUGGUUGCCCCUGAAGCUGGUGGCUUGUGGAAGGAUGGGUUCUGUUUUAGUGGCAGGUGUUUGUUUCCUUUUGCACAUCUGUUUUAAUUUAAUAUUUGAACCUGGAAUUGGGGAAGAAUAUUUUAUAAGUCUCAUAGGGCCAAAGCCUAUGGUUGGUACAGAAUCAUGCCAGCACAGAAAGAAAAGAACCCUCUCCUUUGAUACUGCUAAAGAUUGCCACAGAAUUCCUAGAUGUUGAUAUCUCUGGACAUGUUCACGUCAUCCAUGCAGAACCCUUGCAUUCCCAGCCUAGCAGAAGAUGGCAUGGAGAAGUCACCCUGACCUGUUCACUGUUACUGUUUCUGUUGUAAAGGAUUUGGUGAUCAAGAGGAUACUGUAUGAUGUGGUCCGGAUCCAGGGGCCAUCUUUAUUAUUCAAACACUUGUAAUCAAUGGGCUAGCGAUACUAUCAUUGGAUUUAGUGUUUUUAAAAGAAAUACAAAAUUUAUGGUUUGUAGGAGAGCAGAGUGGAUUAGUGUCAUGGGAAUGGCAUUGACAAAGAAUAGCACUCAGUGUUCCCUCGCUGGGGCUGGGGAGAUGGCUCAGAGUUCAGGUCCCCAGAGCCCACAUAAAUGAGGGGAUGGUGCGGCAGCCUACAUGUGAUUCCAAUGCUCAGAAGGGAGAGACAGCGAUCCCCAGAGCUAGCUAAGACUAGUCACAAGGGUGAGCUCUGGGAUCAAUUGAGAGACUCUUUUUCAAUGAGCAAUGUAGAGACUGAAGAAAAUUCUCAACAUCAACUUUGGGACUCUAUUUAUACACACAUGUACAUGUGCAUCCGCAUCCGCAUGCAACAUCAACAACACACACAUACAAUGCCUGCUUGUUAUCCAUGCCUCAUUUUUUUGGUGCUAGGGAUGGAAUUGAGGACCUUGAACAUGCUCAGCCGGGGCUCUACCACUGAGCUACACCUGCACCCCUGUUAUUCAUAUAUUUUUUUAUUCUUCUCUUAUACACUACAUCCCAAUUGCAGUUUCUCCUCCCUCCAUUGCCCCCAGCUUCCCUCCAUACAUGGCUCCUCUUCCUGAGAUCCGUUCCUCCUCUACUUCCCUUCAGAAAAGAGCCGGCCUCCCGGAGAUAUCAAGCAAACCUGGCAUAACAGGAUACAAUAUGACUAGGCACGAACCUUCACAUCAAGACUGGUUUCUGUUUUUUAUGAGAGCCCCCCCAAAGCUGGGCAUGGUGGUGUGCACUUUUAAUUCCAGUGCUGGCAGAGCAGAUAAGCUGAUUCCUGAGGCUCGGCUGCCAGCUAGCCUAGCCUAUGUGGUGAACUACAAGCUGGUGAGAGAUCCUGUCCCAAAACACAAGGUGAACAGUGUCCUAGGGGCAACACCAGAGGCCGUCCUCUGGCUUCCACAUGCAUGUGUACACACAAGCUCACAGACCCACACACGUAUACACUGAUAUUAAGAUAAGCAAAAAGGAAGAAUAACGUUGGCUACAUAGGACAGAUAUAUUAAGAUGAACUCAAAGGAAAGUGAUUUUGGCUUUUAUCAUAACAAUUAGGUUUUUCCUUAGGUUGUUGGAAGUAAAGUCAGCUUCUCACCCAGUGUGACCUCAGAGCAGUCUAGUCUAUAAUGAGAUUUGCCUAUCACUUCUGGUUCACUAGUAAUCACACCCUACCCUGCUCAGAUUUAUCCCAUUUAUGUCCACCUUGUUGCCAGAUAUAAUUAAAGUGACAGCUAAUGAUCAAAUGCAGACAUUUAAAUGUCUUCAGAUUUAUUUUAUUUGUAUGAAUGUUUUGAUUGUAUGUAUAUCUGUGCACAAGCAUGCUUGGUGCCUGUAGACGUCAGAAGAAGGUGUCAGAUACCCUAGACCGGGGAUUACAGGCAUUUAUCAGCCUCCGUGUGGGUGCUGGGAAUUCGCAAGCACAGUGGUGGUUGUAAGUGUCCACUGAACUUCCUUUCUAGAGUUGGGUAGGCAGGGCUAGAGAGAUGGCUCAGCAGUUAAGAGUGCUUGCUGCUCUUCUAGAGGACCAGUGUUCAAUUCCCAGCACCCACAUGGGGUGGCUCACAGCUGCCUGUAACACCAGCUCCUGGGGGAUCUGAAACACUUUUCUAAUCUCCAGGAGUACCCCCACACACACACAGCAUGCAGUUACACACACACACACACACACACACACACACACACACACACACACACACCUAGAAGUAAAUCUCUAAAGACCAUGUCAAGCUAGGGCUGAGAAUGCAGCUCAACUAGUGCUUACCCAGCAUGCCCAGAGCCCUGGCUUUGAUCCUCAGUGCUGCAUAAGCCAGCAUGGUGGUGCAUACCUGCAAUUCAAGCACCUGGAAAUGGAGAGUUUGAGGCCAGCCUUUGCUAUCUGUGACCCUGCUUCAUAAACAACACAAAAUGUCAUGCAAGCCAUGUGCUGUGGUGCAUGACUGCCACCCCAGCAUUUAUCUUAUUAUGAGAAUUUUUAUUUUGGUUUUACGAGACAGGGUUUCUCUGUAUUGUUUUGGAGGCUGUCAGUCCAGCCCGGCCUCGAACUCACAGAGAUCCGCCUGCCUCUGCCUCCCGAGUGCUGGGAUUAAACGUAUGCGCCACCACCGCCCGGCUGAGAGAAUUUUUAAUUGUUGGGAGCAUGGAAUCAGCAGAGAGAAAUUUCCUGAAAGAUUUCUUCAAGUUCAUUCUGACUUAAAUGUAAGAUGACUUUGAUCCACGUUGCAUAAAGAAAGUCAGGGAGUAUUGAUAGCUGAAGUACACAUCAGCUCAUUUAAAGUUAAUGUCUGGCCAGUCAGUUCCUCAAAAGCACAAAAACUUCACAGAAGGGAGAGCAGGGGGGAAGGAGGUCAUUUAAUGACUGACUGUUUAAGAAAUUAUCACAAGCUUAGUCAUCACUUUUUAAAUAUCUGUUCUUAUUGUUUAGUUACAUGUCAGUGUGUGCGUAUAUGCACAUGAUUUAGGUAUUUGUGGAGAUCGGAGGUGUCAGAUCCCCUGGAGCUGGAGUUCCAGGUGGUUGUGAGUUUCCAGACAUGGGUGUUGGGAACUAAACUGAGGUCUUCUACAAGAGCGGUACGAUGAGCUGUCUCUCCACCCCAUCAUCAUUAACCCAUAAGUGCUUUCUAUCCUGGGAACCUGUGAGCACAAUAUAAGCUGCAUGAGAUAAGGUUGUUUUCCUAUUACAAUGUUUAAAUCCCCUUAGCUGUGUUUCAAAAAAAAUUUUUUUCUCUCAGCAAAAUUUCCAUCUGUAAUGGUCUGUUAUGAGGCUAAAAGUUGUGUACAUUUUAUUUGGUUGCAAUAGUGAAGAGUCAAAUGAAAUGAAAAGACUCAAAGCCACACUGGACAGCUGUACACACAGUGACAGAUUACACACUUCUGGGGACCCACACUGGAGGAGGCACACAAAGACAUGGUAGGCAAUAUUAGCAUGGGGACGUUUUAACCAGUUAGGGCUUGCAGCUGUGAUAGGAUGUCCCGCCUGUGCCUCUAAAAGACCCUGUACAAAGCAGCCACCUACUUCUGUAGCAAUGAAUAGUGAAACUCAUUAAUACAGGAAAUCUAGUCAAAGACUGCAGUUCAUCCAGAACAGUAAUUGUAAUACAGUGCUGCCCCCUGCUGGAGGAUACACUAAAUCGGUUUCCUUUUAGAACCUGGCUUGGUUAGGUGCCUUCCAGGUAGCCAAGCCCCACUAAGACAGAAAGAGAAGGGAUAUGACUGGCACACAUAGACAUUCUAUAAGGAUGGCACUCUCCUGGCUCCAGGAUGUGCCUAGCAUAGUGGCUGCAGAAGAGUCCUGUGACCUGGUAAUCACCUAUCAGCACUUAGAUGGACUUGUCUCCACAGGACGGAAGGCACAGUUGUGUCUGUUGGGUCUCUUCCUCUCCCAGUUUAGCACCCUAGGAUACCAUGAUGCUGUAGUCUUCUCCUCACCUGUCUUCAACCAGCUACAUUACAAAAAGAUGUGUUUCUAAAGACAGGCUUAUUAACAAAGGUGAAACAGAUUUUUUUUUUUCUCUUCUGUCCUCUCCUUUUUAGGCAAUUAAAAAGAUCUCAUUUGAUUUUGAGUGAAAUCUUUCUUUCCUCCAUGUCUUUAAAUUUUCCUCCGUUUGAGGAUAUGAUGCUGCUGUCUGUGCCGUUUGUUCAGGGCCAUUCAUGCAUGCAUAUCUCAGAUCGCCUUCCUCCAUCGGCCAGCGGUGUUCCCCCUCUGAGCUAGCAGCAAACAUCUGCUUCUUGUUCUCGUGUGUACACACAGAAACAAUUCUGUGGACCUAGCAGUGCCAAACCACUCUCUACUCUGGGUGCUCCAAAGUCGAAGGCUGAUGUCAACUCUCGUAACUGAAAGACACACACCUACAUAUGCCCAGGCAGUGACUGAGAAACAUUUGCUGUCUCAUUGCUGCCUGGAACUCAGACCCCAUCCUGAAUCUCCUGGGUGCUUGAUUAUAAAUGCACAAGGAAGGGUGACUUUUGCCUCUAUUGUGUUUAGAGAGAAUCGAAGCCAAGAUGCUGGGCCAGAUGCUGGGGCUACUGGAGUCCCAGCAUUGGUGGAUAGAGCAUCUGUGGGUACCCAAGACCUAGACUUGAAGGACCUGGUGGAGCAAGGCCUGCUGUCUUCCUUCCUGUGGCUGCGGAGGGGGAGUGCUCUGGGAAUUCUGUGGCAGGGGAUCCAGGGGAUCAGGUGUACCGAAGGGACUGAAGUAGUCAGGGAUACAGCUGGAAAGAAAAUGAUGAAAUCAUCCAGCACACUUGGAGGUGUAAGGAGGAAACAUGUCAAUACUUCCUGGGUGCUCUGUGCUCCUACGUCCUAGUGUGACAGUCUAGUGACCACUGUCUGCUGCAGCACCCCCUUGGGAGCUUAUGCUAGACAUUUCAGCCUAAGAAGGUAAAUCCCUGUGUCCCCAAAUACCAUCUUUAUACCUGGGUUCUAUCCCUGUGACUCUGUCUACGUUUUCAUCUUCUGUAUGAUUCUGGUUUUCUUAUGACUAAGGAAAGAUUUUUAUAACUGUAAUAAUGGGUGCUACAAGAUUAAAGACUGAUGUCAACUGUUGUUCCAA